UUUAAGGACAUAUGUGACUGUUAUAUAAAUUUUCACCGAACAGGUUUGUAACCUUUGUAUUUUUUGGGUAUCCCCCCCUCCCAAAGAAGACACUUUUAUGCUACAACUGGAUGAUAUUGCAACCAGUACGAUUGUUCGAAGAAGCUGAACCUUAUUUUACUUGAAUAAUAAGAAUCCAAUAAACAAUUGGAAAAUUGUUUCCCAGAAAUUACAAUUCAAAAUGCUCGGAGCAAUAGCAGUCUCCACUCCAGUAUGGCUUUCAGCACCAGCUCCUUCUAGAACCUGCAAUUCCAUUCCCAGAAUUUGCUUUCUGAGAAGAAUUCCGUGUCCAACAAUGUCAUUGUGCCAAACCCAGAAUUUUUCUCUCUUUUCUUCCACAUACCCUCUCCAUUUUUCUCCCUACAGAGACAGUAUAACACGGACCCAGUUCUCUCCAAAUGCUUCUUCUUCAUCCUCAGUUGGAACUGCAGAAUACACCGAGGAACCAACAACCAAUGUGAAGUUUCAAAGGUCUCUCAGUUUGCCAGGUUGCUCGGCUUCAUUGUCUUUGCUCGGAACUGGAUACAGGGAGAAAGUUUUUGCGAUCAUUGGUGUUAAGGUCUAUGCUGCAGGACUGUAUGUAAAUCUGUCUAUUUUAAGUCAAUUGAAUGCUUGGAAAGGGCAAUCAGCAGCUGAGAUUCAGGAGAGUCCGUCCUUGUUCGACUCAAUUUUUAAUUCUCCUUUUGAGAAAUCAUUACAGAUUGUUCUGGUUAGAGAUGUUGAUGGUAAAACUUUCUGGGAUGCCUUAGACGAUGCCAUCUCCCCACGAAUUAAAUCACCCGCUCCCAUUGAUGAAUCUGCUCUGUCCACAUUCCGUAGCAUCUUCCAAGGGCGACCCCUUAAGAAAGGAACUUUCAUAUUUUUGAGUUGGCUGGAUCCAUCCAAAAUGCUUGUUUGUGUCUCAUCAAAUGGGCUUCCAUCUAGUGUUGAUGCUGAGAUUGAGUCAGGGAACGUGACUCGCGCUCUUUUUGAUGUAUUUUUUGGAAAUGCACCUGUUUCUCCCUCCUUGAAAGAUUCUGUUUCCAAGGGCUUGGCAACAAUCCUGAAGUAGAUGCCAUGAGUUUGUUCCUUAAAUUACUUGUUUUUCAGAUAUACUGCAUGUAUUGCUUGAUUACUUGGGCUGCGGUCAAUCUGAUCAGCAUAUGUUGGCUGGGAAAUUGUUGUGGAAUUUGAAAGAAAAGGUACAUUCCUGAACCAUCAGAAUAAAUCUCACUAGAUUUGUGUAUUGGUAUUCUUUACUUUGUUCAUAGCCUUAGGCUACAUCAUGUUUGUCCUUGUGGCACAUUGAACUUCAACAAAUGUGAAAAUAAUGAUAGCAAACCAGUUUCCUAUAACAUCUAUAACGAUGCAAUAAAUGUGUUAAAUUAAUAGCUUUUGCUUGUAGAAAUUGUCAUUAAGAGAAGAUUAGCAAUCUGUUACAA